AUGUAUUAUUCUAGCCCAGUGCCUGAAAUCACAAAAGUGACCAGAGUGAUUAAAGGAGAGCCAACUGUCACCAAGGUUACCAGGGUCAUCGAGGGCGAACCCAUUAUCACCAAGGUUACUCGAGUCGUUGAGGGCGAGCCAACCUUCACCAAGGUGACAAGGGUCAUCGAGGGCGAACCCAUUAUCACCAAGGUUACUCGAGUCGUUGAGGGUGAGCCAACCUUCACCAAGGUAACAAGGGUCAUCGAAACGGAACCCAAAAUAACCAAGGUGGUCGUCGAGGGUGAGCCCACAUUCACUACAGUGACCAGGGUGAUCGAGGGAGAACCAAGCAUCACAAAGGUCACCAGAGUUAUUGAGACUCACAGUGGUUCCUCAGAUGGAGGGCUGGAGACUGACGGAGAAAUGAAGAGGAUUCUGGACGAAGGCCCAGAUUUCGCUAAGAUCACCACCAUCCACGGCAACACGGGAAUGAUUGACCAAGAGUCAGAGAGGAUCACCAAACUAAUCCAAGGUGGAGGCAGUAAGGGUGCCCCAGCCAAAAGAUCUCCAGCUGGUGUUCGGAGGAGGAAGGCAAGGCUGGUGAGACGCCACAACAACCAAAACUCACGUCCGGCCCUGACCCGUCCAAACCAGCUAAGACCAGUCCAGACCAGUUCAAGCCAGUAAAGACCAGUCCAGACCAGUCCAAACCAGCUAAGACCAGUCCAGACCAGCCCAUGCCAGUAAAGACCAGUCCAGACCAGUCCAUGCAAGUAAAGACCAGUCCAGACCAGUCCAUGCCACACCAGCCCUGCAGGAAUCCCCUUCCAGAUCAUUAUAGAGGCACAGCAAGGAACACAUCAAAAUACACAACAACACUUUCUAUAUUCCCUUGAUGGGAAAAGAGAAAGUUUGAAAAUAUGUAUAUAAUACGUAUUUUCAACCAAUUUUGUUCACUGGGCAGAGGUGAAUAAUGAACCCAACCUACAGUAGAGUGAAACAACUGGAGCAAUGGUGUCGGACAUGAUGUGUUUUAACAAUGAUAAGAUAAUCAGUUGUCCUACAUGAUGUGUUUUAACAAUGCUAAGAUAAUCAGUUGUCGGACAUGAUGUGUUUUAACAAUGCUAAGAUAAUCAGUUUUUCUACAUGAUAUGUUUUAACAAUGCUAAGAUAAUCAGUUGUCCUACAUGAUGUGUGUUAACAAUGCUAAGAUAAUCAGUUGUCCUACAUGAUGUGUUUUAACAAUGCUAAGAUAAUCAGUUGUCCUACAUGAUGUGUUUUAACAAUGCUAAGAUAAUCAGUUUUCCUACAUGAUAUGUUUUAACAAUGCUAAGAUAAUCAGUUGUCCUACAUGAUGUGUUUUAACAAUGCUAAGAUAAUCGGUUUUCCUACAUGAUAUGUUUUAACAAUGCUAAGAUAAUCAGUUGUCCUACAUGAUAUGUUUUAACAAUGCUAAAAUAAUCAGUUUUCCUACAUGAUGUGUUUUAACAAUGCUAAGAUAAUCAGUUGUCCUACAUGAUGUGUUUUAACAAUGCUAAGAUAAUCAGUUUUUCUACAUGAUAUGUUUUAACAAUGCUAAGAUAAUCAGUUUUCCUACAUGAUAUGUUUUAACAAUGCUAAGAUAAUCAGUUGUCCUACAUGAUGUGUUUUAACAAUGCUAAGAUAAUCAGUUGUCCUACAUGAUGUGUUUUAACAAUGCUAAGAUAAUCAGUUGUCCUACAUGAUGUGUUUUAACAAUGCUAAGAUAAUCAGUUUUUCUACAUGAUAUGUUUUAACAAUGCUAAGAUAAUCAGUUGUCCUACAUGAUGUGUUUUAACAAUGCUAAGAUAAUCGGUUUUCCUACAUGUAAGUAAUAUAUGUAUGCAAGGAAAUUAACUUUUAAGAACUUCAUGAACUUUUACUGCAGAUGAGGUAGAACGUUUGAAAUAAUCUUUCUACCACGGAAAGAUGAUGAUGUUUGUUUGUUUUUUGUUCAGUUUAGUUUAAAUGAUGGCCUGAUCUGGAAGACAUUUUGUAUGUUUUAUAACGGUGCUGGCAUUCUGUAUUACGGAUUCAUCUUGACCAAUAGGAAUGAAGCAUUAUGUAUUAUGGAUGCAUCUCAACCAAUAGGAACUGAGCAUACUAUUACAAAUGCAUCUCGACCAAUAGGAACUAAGCAAUACUAAUGCUGUACAUUAUCUAAACUUAACAACCAACCAAAUGUUAUUGUAUUUUUUUUUUUACUUCUUAAAAAAUAAUCCGGUUUCGAUAGUUUAAUUCCGUAUCUGAAUGGACUAUUUUCUGAUUUCCUGUUUUUCUUGGUUUGUGUUGAUCUUUUAACAAGGCUUUCUGCUGUUAGAACUGUUGAUGUUCAGUUGUACCAUUAUGCCAAUGCAAUCUAUGCACGUUUUAACCUCUGUGUUGUUUUGAAAAUAAAUGUUCAAUAAAAGUUACAGUUCAAAGUGAA